UUCAGAGUCAGUGUGUUCAGUAACGGACCAAUAGGAAUGCGAGUCGUGUUGUUGCGGCUCAAGAAUGCUUGUCGUCAACAGCUGCUGGGUUUCGUUUCGCAUCAGCUGGAGCUGUUGGCGGGUGGCAAGAAGAAUCCACAAGGCUGUUCAUCAAUUCUUCUGCAGCUAAUGGGUGUUAAAACUGUCGGUAUGGCCACGGCGCAGUCGACGCUGCUCCUCGCAGUUCACAUUCUUCUCAUCUCGGAGUUCAUCCUGGCUAAGAGAGACUACUACGAGAUCCUGGGGGUGCCCAGAGAUGCCGCGGAGCGCCAGAUCAAGAAGGCUUUCCAUAAACUGGCUCUGAAGUAUCACCCUGACAGAAACAAGGGCGCAGACGCAGAGGCGAAGUUCAGAGAAAUAGCAGAAGCUUAUGAAACGUUAUCGGAUGAUAAGAGGCGGCGAGAGUAUGACCAGUUUGGCCACUCUGCCUCAUCAGGAGAAGCUUACCAAGGAGGUAGAGGAAGUAGAGGAGGCGGCAGCGGCGACGACUACAACUUCAGGCAGCACUACCAGUCCUUCCACUUCAAUUUCAAUGACAUCUUCAAAGACUUUGACCCGUUCGGUCAACAACACCAGCACCACUUCCACUCGCAUCAUCAGUCGCACCAAAAGAGACACUUUGACAGCCACUUCCAGGCUCACAAGGAGGCGAUGAACCGGCAGCGGAGAAGCUUCCAGCAGGGGAGCUUCGGCGGAGGAAUGUUCGACGACAUGUUCGAGGACUUGGAGAAAAUGUUCUCCUUCAACACCCACACUUCCAGGACCGAGAGCAGAUUUCAAGGCUCGGCGAAGCAGCACUGCAGGACGGUGACUCAGCGCAGGGGGAACAUGGUGACCACCUUCACCGACUGCUCCUGAGACGAGAUGAAGGAUUUAAAAAAAAAAAAAAAAUGUUGGGACGCUGCACAAUUUUUAGGUGUUGAAAUCGAAUUGAAUGCUAAUUUAUCACUUGGUGUGGCUUUUGUAACUCUUAGUGUUUUUUUUCCCCAGCAAAUAUCCAAGCUGGUCAAAUUAGUGGCUGUUCUGAAGCAAUAACAAAUCCACAUUUUUGAUUAUAGCACGGGAAUAAGUCUUAGGACCAUUCAAAAACCUCCCCUUUAUUCAGCUUUCCUUGUUUGUUGUGUUUGUUUCAGUUUAUUAUGACUGUACGGUUCCGACACUCAGGUACGGCCUACGUUUAAACAAUGAAAGCUUGUUUUCCGUCGAGGGCAGGAAGGCAAUAAGAGUUCUCAAAGGCAAUCUUUGAUUCAGCAGCCAAUCAGGCCACUUUGCUUUCUAACUUUGAAAUGACAACAUAUUUCUCUUCCAGGAAAUGUAGCUGGAAUGCGUGCAGGCUGGCCGUCGUCAACAGUUACC